AUGUCCAGCAUGCGUUCAGCACAGCCUGGCCUACUCCAACGAAUAGUGGACGAAUUAUCAGUAUGGUGGAGGGUCCUCGCUAGGAAGACGGAUGGGCAGGAGCACGUCUGGGUCGCUAUUCAUGAUAGUGAACCGAAAGUAGGACCCGCUCCUCCACGGCCCGACGAAAGAAUGGGCAAGAUGCUUCCUGACGGAACCCUCGAGGGCCAUGACUGGUCGAUCUCCUCUGACUACUGGGACAGCUCCUGCCCAUAUCGAGUCUGCAUCCCUGUCGACUUGGAGGAGCACGAUAGGUUCCCGGAAGGUAAAUGGGUGUCAGCUCCGUUCAACUUGGGCAGGGUUUGGGGCGUUUCAGAUGCGUCGGGCUGGAAAUUAUCCCCCACUGUGCGUAGGUACAUUUUUUCCACCAGAGAGCGCGUGCGUCCCAUCGUCACCACGAUAAUGUCGAUCUACUCUGCCAAGCUAGGGUACACCCUCCCCCCCUAUCUGUCGUUAAACUGGUUGGACAACUCAUUCCCGUCCGAGGAAGCCUUGGCCGCGCAAAUCGCCGACGCGCGAAGGCACAUAUUGGAUCAAUACGGAUUCAUCGUCUUCAAUUUGUUGCAGGACCCGGACUGGAGAAUGUGCACUGCUCUGGCACCUCUUGUCGGUGAGAUCACUGACAUCGGUCUUGUUGGCCGUAGGCACCGAGGAGUCAUCGUGGAAUUCGACAAGAUAGAACCGUCGCACUUGCGCACCCUCCUCAAGAAGUAUGUUCCAAUACACUAUCAAUGGUUCCCGACCAGUACUGGACCUUUCGACCCGAAAGUCCUUCAGGCUACGGACUACGCCUUCAUGAUGAGCAUAAGGCAUUCGACGACUCACGCCUUUGCCCCGAGGAAUGGGAAAGAACGCGAAGCUUCUCCCAAGCGUCCGGCUGGCCCGGUGCAGAAGAAGCCCGCAAAGUACUACGCGGUGGAAAGCAUAGGAGAAGAGGACAAGGGCCGUCGUAUCUCGAAAAACGAGUACAAGAGGUUGACGGAAUGGUGCCGCGGGGUGCACAAGUCGCUACCUGGAGGGGACAUCUUCUACGCAUACGAGAACGACGCAGAGGACGAUGACGACGCAAAGCCCGCAGGACCAGUCGUGUCGGCGAAGUCCCUCGCCGCCUGGGAGGCUAAGAUGGCAGCCCUACCGAGAGAGGAGCCGUUGACAUCCACAGAUAACGUGAAUGUUCCAGCAGUAGCAAUGCAAGGUGUUGCGACCGCUGAGUCUGAAUCGGAGGCCUCCAUGGCAGUAGUGACGCAAGGCGUUACGACCGCUGAGUCUGAGGCAUCCCUGGUAGAAGUGACGCAAGGCGUUACGACCCAGGGGGCAGUCAACAAGGAGCCGGCGCAAGUCACAGUGACAGCGCCAAUCGCCGAGGCCAUCGAGGUUUCCGUUGCCCCAGUACCAGAUAGUGGUACUGAACCUCAUGAGGAAGGAGAAGCUCCCUUCAUACCUGGCUCUCCCAUUGCCCCUUGGAUACCACAAGACUCUCACGUCUCGACAGCCCCUCCUUCACCUCGGGCCAAUUCACAUCCCUCAUCUCCAACGGAUGCAAGGGUGGUUCCCCCAGCGUCAAUGGAUGGAUUUACGCAAAAAUCACCAAGGCUUUCUUCACCCCGGUCCAUGACACGACCCUCAUCUUCCUUUGUUUCGGGGGCGGUUCUCUCCGAGCCAGCGGGUGUAUUGACGACACCGGCUGCAGUCGAUGCGGGGAGGAGCCAGCAACAGGUCUAUGACCGGCCGGGUCGUCCAUUUAAAGGGGAGAGUCGCCGAGAUGCUGGUUCAUCUCAGCACUAUGAGCGUAGGACGAGCCGCCCCUACCGGGAAGAGGGCUACCGCUCUCACGGUGACCGCACUCAGGCUCAGGCCCACUCGAGGUAUAGACCCGCCUACGAUGAAGGUUAUUCUUCGCAUGGACCCUCCUCCAAUUGGCCUUCCUCGGCGCCCAGACGUCCUCCUUCCCCUCGUCGCGAGGAACGCUUGGCGUUCCCAAGCGAUCGUUCUUACAGGAAGAGGAAGUUAUCUUCCUCUCAACUUGAACUUCGAGGACGCACUGGAGAGAGUAAGAGGUUCUGCCCAGAAGACAGAGAAGCGCAUCGACCAACGCUGAGUGAUCGCAUCGUGGACGACGUCAGGAUGGGUCCGUCACCCUCGUCCUCGCGAUCAUUGAUAGACAGGGUCCACACUGUCGCGAAGGUCCCGGAUACAGAGCAGAAGCCGAAGACUAAACAGGUCCCGAACCCGCGUGCAGAGCAGGUUCCAACCCUCAUGCUCAGGCCAUCAAUGUCCCAGGUGUUUUUGCAGCCCCAGGGACUCAUGUCUGCAGCCGAAGGAAUACGGCUCAUAACGCACGCCUAUCGCGCUAAUGAGCUACGGAUCAAUGGUCCUCAGGUAUUCAUGCAGGGCGUCACCUUUCCCGCAGCGCCAACCCUUCACUCUGGAUGUUUGAUUACGAUGUUCCGGUCUGCCAUCCGCGUAGCGCACGACCUCUUGGCCAAUCCAAACGCGUCUCCAGCGGACUCUAUACCAGGUCUACUCAGAUCCGGGGCACCAUUCCGAGUCAUUUCGUCGAUUCAGUAUACCGCACCAACGCAGCUCGAGGCUCGGCCAUUGUAUCUAGCAACCAAGCGCACUCACGUUGGUCUAGAUCUGAGUGAGCCUGGGUACUGGAACACCUACCUAGCCACCGUCCAGCAGCUUCUCGAUCGCCCGUUUGCACGCCGCUUCCUCACAGUUGGAGGGAUCAUAUGGCGUAUAGCCUUACAGUUCGGCCCAAAGACUCUCAUCCAAGAAGCUCUCUCGGGGCCAUCCUCAGAUGUCACUCGCUGGAAAAGCGGUGAAACGCUAGACGACCUCUGGGACGAUACUGUCACUCCUGCGGAACUGGAGAUACUAUUGGGCCAGGGUUUGGAAAACUCGGUGACAUGUUGGCCUCCUCAUGACAUUUGGACCUCCUCCACCAGAUGGUCAGGAUUUUGGUCGGAAAAAGAUGAAGCAUGGUUCCAGUUGCAGCUAGCCAACUUGUCUUCAGGGAACACCGAAGCACCCAAAACCCGCAAGGAUUGGAAACGAUUCUAUAAACCCAUCUCAGACGACAAAUCUGGCGACCCGUCGUUUCAUGGCUCAGAGGCCUUCGCUCGUGAUCUAUUUCAGAAGUUGGGAUACCGCGUUGACCGUGACCCUAUCUGGGACCUGGACACUUGA